GAUGCGGUCGCACGACUUUUUCAGCGGAUUAACUAUGGAUCAACUGCGUGAGGGCGAGAUCCGAGAAACCAGCUGCGCUUCCCCUUUCCCUGACCCGAUCAAGCCCUCCAAGAUGGGGAGUGACUCCGCCGUCUCGGUGUCUGUCUCGGUGUCUCGGGUGAUCGGGCCGGUUGGUGGUGGGGACUGGGAGAGAGGCCAGCUGGAUCGGGCUCGCGACGAGAGGAAGAAGGCCGAGGAGGAGUGGAGAGCCAGCGGCAAGCUGACUGACGGUGUUGAGGACCGUCUGGAGGAGCUUCUGCUCCGUUAUCAGUUCAACAAGCUGAAGCAGCAGUGGUGCCAGCUGUGGCAGCGCCAACAGCAGCAGCAGCUGCAGCAGCAGCAGCAUUGGCUGCAGCACUGGCAGCAGCACUGGCAGAAGUGGCAGCAGCCGCAGCAGCCACAGCAGCAGCAGCCGCAGCAGCAGAAGUUGCAGCAGCAGCAGCAGCAGCACUCGAACCAGCAGCAUCAGCAGGAGUGGCAGCACCACCAGCAGCAGCGAUAUCAGCAGCAGCUGAAGUGGCACCAGCAGCAGCAGCAGCAACGACAGAAGCAGUACCAGCAGCAGCUGCAGCACUCGAACCAGCAGCAUCAGCAAGAGUGGCAGCACCACCAGCAGCAGCGAUAUCAGCAGCAGCAGAAGUGGCACCAGCAGCAGCAGCAGCAGCAGCGGCAGAAGCAGUACCACCAGCAGCAGCAGCAGCAGCAGCAACGGCAGAAGCAGUACCAGCAGCAGAAGUGGCACCAGCAGCACCAGCAGCAGCAGCAGAAGCAGCAGCAGCCCUCCAGGCCAGAGGAGCUGAGCCGACCCCAGCAUUGCCAACCCCAGAGGCAGCGUCAGCACAAGGCCCUCCUGAGUCCCGUCCUAAGAGCAGCCGCCCAGGCUGCAAAGAGCUGCCAUGUCAACGGCAACGUGGCCCCAAGGAGGGUCCUGAGGCAGUGAUGGACAGGGGUGGGCCAUCAGGGAUACAGAUUCGUUGGGAGGUGCUUUGGGGGAGAGACAACAAAUACAUUGACAACAAAUACAUUUUUUGUUGUCAAGGAGAUUUUUUCUUCUCAGAAAUGGGUGGAUGGGUAAUAUCAUAUAUAAUCAUAUAAUAAAAUAAAACCAUGAAAUAAUUAUAGACUACUUAUAACAUUAAAUAAAA